AUGGGCUCGUGUCUGUCACGGAAUGACUUUCCUGUUGCGGGCAGAACAGUCCUAAUUACAGGCGGUUCCAGAGGUCUCGGUCUAGCAGCAGCACGCCAACUCUCCUCCAAAGGCGCACACGUCGUUAUAGUCGCCCGUGACCCAACCGUCUUAGCAGAAGCUCUCACUCAAGUCGAAGCAUCUGCUCAAUCUCCAUCUCAGCGCUUCUUCUCACUCACAGCCGAUACCACGAAAGCUUCAGAAUGCUCUCGCGUCAUUGCAGAAGUUACCGCCUGGAACGAUGACAACCCGCCGGAUAUCGUCUGGUGUUGCAGUGGAAGUGCGCAUCCAACUUUAUUUGUCGAUACUCCGGUUGAGCAGCUACAGACUAUGAUGGAUAGUAAUUAUUUCUCGAGUGCGUACAUGGCCCAUGCUACACUUAAUGCGUGGUUGAGACCUGCCAUCGAUGGCGUCACGAAGAAGAGUACAGAAGCCAAGACACCGACGGCUCGUCACAUCAUCUUCACGGGAUCUUUUGUUUCGCUGUACAGUUUUGCAGGUUUCACGCCUUACUCACCCUCCAAAGCUGCUAUCAGAUCGCUAUCAGACUCUCUUUCACAGGAGAUGAACUUAUACGCAGGAGCUCACCCCAAUGAGCCUCGCGUCCGCAUCCACACUGUCUUCCCAGCUACAAUGCCAACAAAGUCCCUUGACGAUGAGAACAAAGUCAAGACGGAUGUUACCAAAGCGCUUGAGGAGGGUGACCAGAUCCUCACACCGGAUGAAUGUGCUCGUCGUGCAAUUGCGGGGUUAGAGAGAGGAGAAGAACUCAUUGCGACGAGCACUAUUAUUAGACUUGUCAUGACUACUGUUAUGGGCGGUGCUAUACGUGGUGGAUUUUGGACGGGCUUGGUUAAUACCUUGUUGAGUUGGGUUGUCAUGAUUGUUAUGGUGUUUAUUCGGUGGGAUAUGGAUGUCAAGGUUAGAAAUUGGGGGAAGAAGCAUGGGGCCAGUGGUAUGGCAUCCAAGGACAAAAAGCCUACCUCGCAGUUCUCUCUUUUCUCAGUGGAAACUAUUGUCUCAAUCUGGAACUGCGGGGCCCAAUUGACCAGCAUCGCAGGAAUAGCGUCAGCUGGCACCCAACUCUCAAAUACUUUAUUCAAGCUUUACAAAACAGUCCGAAAUGCACCCAAGGAGAUCCAAUCAGUUGCCAUUGAGAUGUCUGGCUUAACUGCGACUCUUGAGCAUUUACGUGACAUCAUCAGAGGGGGCCAUUCAUAUGCAAAACCGCAGUUUUGGUUGAACAACAGCUCUGACCUUUUCAGCCAUCUAACAGCACCAGAGAAGGUGGAAAAUAGAUUCAAGGCCCAAGCUGAGAGUCUCAUCCUAGCUGGUCAAGCUUCGUUCCAAAAUGAGGACGACCCUGAGCCAAUUCCAGACCCGCCUCAAGAAAGAGCACCAAGUCCUCCGGUCUGCACGAGCAAGAGGCUGCCAAGUCCUGUCCGUGAGUCUGAGAUCCCUGGACAUGUACGUACCGAGGAGCUGUACGGCCAGAACAAGAACUCUGAAGACAACGCCUUUCUUUCUGGAACCGCUACGUUCGGACCUGAUUUUCACCGACGUGGCGAUGCAGCUACGUUUCUAUACAAUCUUGUAUUUCUCAACGAGAUAUCCGUGCAUGGAGCACCAUAUGAAGACCCAUACAUUACAGAAACUAGAAACGGGGAAAAGAUAGAAGUGCGGCACAGACAUCGACAUUCAGAUGAUUCGGAUGACUCUGAACACGAUGGGGCGAGUCGUCGGGAGAGAGUGAGAUUUCAAGACUCCAAGUCUCAAGAACCAGAAAGACUUGUUAAUCGACUUCUUUUAGCUUGGACGUCACUGAGCGAGAGUGAAAUUGAGAAGGGGAAAGCGGAUACUCAGCCUGAUAUAAGAAGGGCGUUUGGAGAAAGCGAAAGCUCCGAUAGUGAAGAGUCGCUUUAUGGGCCUGAGGACGAAGAGAAGGCCUGGAGAAAGUUUCGUAGAAGACAAACUAGAUUAGGUCGUGAUACGUUCCAAAGAGAAGGCAUCAAGUACAACAACACUCCGGAGUUUGAUCCUUGUGGGCGAAGGAUACUUCGGCCGACACGAAGUGAGACACCUAGCUCGGUGUAUAUAUAUGAACUCCCUCGACAAAAUGGCCCUUCACCAGCAUCGGAAGAACCCGAAUGGCGGCUUUGGCCGACCUUUCACAAACCCGAUUUUGUUGUUCUACCACAAGCAGAUUCUGCGGACUCUGAAAAUGGGCCAAUUACUCCUAAAGUUGAUCUCGCGUCUGUCAACUUGGGUACCAUGAGGCAAGGCGAUGAGCCAAUCUGGGACUGUGAUGCUUUCAUGUCUGAGAAAAUAUAUCCAGGGAAAGCGAUAAUGGGAGCGCUUAUUGGUGAUACAUCUGCUAGAAACCCUCAUGGAUUGGACCUGGCACAUACGUUAAUACGAGGGCGAAGUAUGAAGCUCGUGUAUAUACGAGGCAAUGAAAAGGAGGCUGACGAGAGAGCCAUGAAGGAAGAGUACGUGGCUAUUGGAGAGGAAUGGGCCAGCUUCGAAGCCCUACAACAACUUGGGUUGGUUGUCAAGAGACGAGAAGAGGAUCGGGUUCUACUGGAUCCUAUCAUAACAUGGUUGAGAAGCAUGCGGCAGAGACGCAAUUUCACGCCAACCUUUUAUAACUCUAUAUCUACAUUUCGACAGAAACAUGGAUAUGAAGCACCCUCACUUGUUGGGAUGACAGACUCUGAGGCUCGAACGACUUUUGUACUGGAUAGACGUGCUAAGGCCGAAGAUGAAGUUGAGGUUGACAUCCUCAACUUGCCGAUUGACGAAGAACCCCAAAAGACACCAGAGGCAACCACAGAAGCCCAAAGCAAGACAAAAACAAGCACACUUCAACCACAGCAGACUUCUCACGCCGAAUUUGACACAAGCGAAGUGGCAUCGCAUGUUUCCUCAGGGUCACGCCUGUCGAGUCCAAAGAGUAGUGGGCACGGAAGUGAGAGUACUGAGUGGCAGGAUGAUGAUAAGAGGCCUCUGGCACCAACGGACUCUGGUGUUGGAAGCUCUAUUGUCUCGGGGCGAUAG